AUGUCGCUGGCUCUGCCAGGGGAUGAGUCGCUGGCGCUGCCCUUCCGGCGCUCGGGGAGUGAGUCGCUGCAACUUCCCGGGCGGCGCCGUUCAGGGGAUGGGUCGCAGUCGGUCUCAGUUGCUGGGCGGCGCGGCCGGCGCCUCAGCGCCUCCCGUGAGCCCUGGGAGGAGAUGUCCAUGGCCCUCUUCCGGCGUUUAGACCCCACCUCCACUGGCAUGGUGCACCAGGAUCAGUUGCAGAGCAUCUGGCCCACCUUGACGCAGCACGUAGAGGGCGUUCCGCGCGAGCUCAAAGCGCAGCGGCGGCAGCGCAGUGUCCAGGUCUCGACUGCGGAGUGGCAGUCCCUUAUGGCGGCCCUCUGUGCAGUGGUAGGGACCCGCCGCUUCAAGUCCAGCAUGCGCCGGGCAGACGUCGUCAUCUCGAAAAGCUUUCCGUCGCAGAAGCCCUCCUCUGCCGGCAGCGUGCAAAAGUCCUGUGCUCCGACUGUGCGGGUGGAGACACCUCCGGAGGAUACCGCCUGUAGAGGUGUUCGAUCAGCCACCGAGGUCGGUGGCCCGCCCGCUCCGCCGUCACCGUCGGCCAAGCCGCAGGCUGGCGGCCCGCCUUCUUUGCCGCCCUCGCCGGCCAAGUCGCAGGCCCAGGCGUCGGUGGCUUCGGAGAUGGCCAAGGAGGUGGCUGCCCCUACCUCGCCGUUGGAGCAUGAGGCUGGUGCCACGCCCACGCCGCUGUCACCAACGGCCAACUCACAGGCUGGCGGUUCGCCUUCUCUGCCGCCAUCGCCGUCGGCCAAUUCACGGGCUGGCAGGGUGUCGCCGUCGGCCAGAUCACAGGCUGGCGGCUCGCCUUCUCUGCCGGCAUCGCCAUCGGCCAAUUCACGGGCUGGCGGCAUGGUGUCGCCGUCGGCCAGAUCACAGGCUGGCGGUUCGCCUUCUGUGCCGCCAUCGCCGUCGGCCAAUUCACGGGCUGGCAUGGUGUCGCCCUCGGCCAGAUCACAGGCUGGCGGCUCGCCUUCUCUGCCGGCAUCGCCAUCGGCCAACUCACGGGCUGGCGGCAUGGUGUCGCCGUCGGCCAGAUCACAGGCUGGCGGUUCGCCUUCUGUGCCGCCAUCGCCGUCGGCCAAUUCACGGGCUGGCAGCAAGCAUGCCCUGCGGUCGCCAUCGGCUAAGUCGCAGGCUGGCACGCCCACGCCACUGUCGCCGUCGGCCAAGUCGCAGGCCAGUGGCCGGUCGGUACCGCCAUCGCCGUCGGCCAAGUCACAGGUUGGCGGCUCGCCUUCUUUGCCGCCCUCGCCAUCGGCCAGGUCUCAUGCCCAGGCGUCGGCGGUUUCGGAGAUGGCCAACGAGGCAGCCUUCGAAGCUGUUCCAGCAACUGAGGCGGGCGGCCCGCCUUCUUUGCCGCCCUCGCCAGCGAGGUCGCAGGCCCAGGCAUCGGCGGCUUCGGAGAUGGCCAAGGAGGAGGCGGGCUCCAGCGACUUCCCAGCGGCCAUCGAGGCGCCGCUGCCUCUGUCCCUGGCGGAGGAGGAGGAAGCCGAGGAGGCGGCUGAGGGCACCAACGAGGCGAUUGCGCUCCUGCCUUCUCCCAAGUCGGAGGCCGCCACCGUCACCCAGAUUGCGGAACUGCCCUCCGCAGACGAAGCAGAGGCCGAUGCCUUCGCGCGCCGCUUCCGGCAGCUGCGGGCGGAGCAGGAGGCUGAGCAGCAGAGGUCGGCAGCGACCAGCAGCUUGUCCAAGUUGCUCAACGACGACUCGCAAGAGCAGCUGGAGGACGACAAGGGUCACGAAGUGAUGGGUGUGAACGCGCGCAUCCUCCAGGAGGUUCGGGCAUCCCCGGCUGGCCCAGACGACCUGGAGCACGUGGAGUUCAAUCUGGGCGAGCCUGCGCAGCAGCGUAAGCGGCAGGUCUGGGAUCACCGAGGGAACUCGGUGCUCUCUUGGAAUGAGGACUUGGACGAGGUCACGGCAACGAGAUCCAGCGCAGCGCGCGAGUACAGGCAGGAUGCCCAGGCAUCCGAGUCGCAAGCUCUUGGCAGUCGGGACCUUACCCGCUCCAUGGGCUCGGGCCAGAGCUCUCAAGGCUCUGUCCGCCUCCCGAAGAUCGACUCCAAGCUGUCGCGUGCGAAUUCAGCUCCCUCUGGCAUACGCCUCGAGGAUAGUUUCGAGGACUCGUUCCCUCUGAAAGACUCCAUCCAGAGCGCUCUGGAGAGCAGCAGCGUGCAGGCACUGCGAGAGCGCCUCCGCAGUGAGAUGACCCUCCACCAGCAGACGCGGGCACAUGCGCAGGAUCUGGAGCGACGCCUGCAGCUGGCGACGUCCAGAAAGAGAGACUUACGGGCUGCCUCGGACGACAAGCCUCGCUUCGGAGUCGCCUCGGGUGGACCCUACGCGGCUAAGGCUGCCAAAACAGAAAAGGAGAAGAGGAGCAUCGUGCUGCCGCCGCUGCGCAGCCCAAAGCCCUCAGCGCCGGCGCGGCGUGCAGGAGAUCCCGUGGGUCCCGUCGUACAGGAUAUGCUGAGAGAAGAGCACAUGUCAACACUGUCGCGACAGGAGCAGUCACGAACGCGCUUACAGGCCUUUGGCAAGCUGGGCCACGCAGGCCUUAGCACUUGGGACGUGCGGCUCGAGGAGAAGGUUUCCCGCUUCCAGGACAUGCGAGCUUUCUCCGAGUCGAUGUGGAACUCCUUCUACGAUUGGAACGCUCAGUACCAGACGCCAGGGUGA